AAACCUGAGUGUGCAGUUUCCAGCAUACUGUAAAUAUACAAGAAAAAAGAAAAAGAAAACUCUGUUCAGAAGAAAAAGUAUAUAAAAGAACAAUAAAACUAGAAUUCCACCAUGGAAACCAAGAACAUUCCAGCUCUGGUCUUCCUCCUUGCUGCCCUUCUUUGCCACCUGCGCGCAGGUGACGCCCAACCAUCCUGCGGCAAGUCCAACAUAACAAUCGCGGUGCGCAAGACGGGAGCCGUCGUGCAGAGGCAGCGGGAGUACGAGGUGACGAUUGGGACGUCGUGCUCGUGCCCGAUGAAGGACGUGCGCGUGUGGUGCGGCGGCCUUGAGGACAGCGCCGUGCCGCUGGACGCCGGCAAGGUGGAGGUGGACGAGGGGAUGUGCGUCCUCAAGCAGCCCGUGGUGAGGCGCUCGCCGCUCGUCUUCAGAUAUUCAUCGGUGGUGCCGGUGAACUUCCGCGUGUUCAACGCCGCCCCUUACUGCUAAGCGCGCGUGCGUGCGUUCUUCUGGCAUUCACCAGGUGACAUGGAAAAGCAGUACUUUUUUCUUUGGCAGCAAAUAAAGCAGCACUCAGCAUUGUGUACCUUUUUUAGAUAUUUUUUUGGAUAGUAUGUAUACCAAGUCAUUUACUCAAUUCAAGCGGUUUUGUUAUGCUAGCAAAUGAGACUGUGCGUUGCAACGGGUGAACAAACAAACUCGCUAAUCUAAUAAUCAUGAGUUCAUAGGUCCAUGUCCUUUAUUUCAGCACAUGGCAUCUCAUCUCUGUUUCUAUUCCUUCUUCCCACUCUCGUCGACGCUGGCAUCAAUGUUUACACCAUCACGACACGUUUUACCGUUGUCAAUCUUAAGAUAUCUUCCUCUUGGCAUAGGAUGGUAAAUCUAUUUUUUCUGUGAGGUUUUGACGAGGAGUGCAUGCGUGGUUAUAGAUAUUAUUUGCGUUCCCCACCCUAGUUUUGCCCAAGUUUUCAUUUUCAAUUUGGAUCGGCACCGGUGUAAAGAAAAGACUGAUCUUGUAUCAUUUCAUCGUAAAUAGCAUUUUUUUUCAAUGGUUAGCAGGUAAAACAAUUAAAAAUAGCAUUAGAUUUAGAUCUAUGUUUCUAAUUAAAAUUCAUAUAUAAUAUGUUAAAUUUGAAGUUAGGAUUAAAAAGAUACGAUUUAAAAAAAAUCAAUUAGCAAAUACUGUGGAUUCACUAUCAGAAACUUGAGGGGUUUUUCUUCAAAAUAGGGACCAAGAAUAUCUAUUUUCUUUAUUAGUAGGUAUAGAGUAUAGAUUCUGUGGUGCGUCAAUGAUUUUUUAAAAAUUAA